GGGAUUCCCAUUUACUUCCUGUGCAGCUGCUGCUGGAUAUCCUUUAUUGAAGCAGCAGCAAUACGAUACUGGGAGCUAGCUGAGCAGAUAAGACAUGGCCAGAGCACUGAUGUAACUGGAGUGAAUAAGGGAACCUUCUUCCUGAGCACAGACAUUGGAGCCUGUUAUCAGCAUGAACUCAUAUGUGUAAGACAAACACGUGAAUAGUUCAUAUCCAUCCUUCACUACAGGAAGCAUCAGAAUGAUGCCGCAAACUCCAAAGAUCGAAGACACUAAUGACUAUUCACAAACAUUGGGGAUAUCACAGCAGAUAUUUAAAGAUGAUGAUGAAUUGGCAGGAACAGGGAAGCAAUCAUUAUGUGCAGAGAGAAAUUUAGUCAUCGAACAAGAGGACAAUAUUUAUGACUUAUCUAGUGAAAUGAUUAUCCCAGAAGAUAAACCACACAUAUUUACUGAGUUUUCAAAAUAUAUUAAAGAAGGGAAAAGUCUUCAGUCUAACCAAAUGAUUCAUACAAAGGAGAAACUUUUCAAAUCUACAGAAUGUGAGAAAAGCUUUAGAUGGAAGUCUCAUCUACUAGAACACCACAAAAUAAACACUAGUAAGAAGCCACACACAUGUACAGAGUGUGGAAAAAGUUUUCCAGAUAAAAGUAAUCUGAAAACUCAUGAAAGGAGUCACACAGGAGAAAAGCCUUUCACAUGUGCAGAGUGUGGGAAAUGUUUUACACAAAAAAGUAAUCUGAAAACUCAUGAAAGAAGUCACACAGGAGAAAAGCCUUUCACAUGUACAGAGUGUGGGAAAUGUUUUACACGAAUAAAUAGACUGAAAACUCAUGAAAGGAGUCACACAGGAGAAAAGCCUUUCACAUGUACAGAGUGUGGAAAAAGUUUUACAGAAAAAAGUAAUCUGAAAACUCAUAAAAUGAGUCACACAGGAGAAAAGCCUUUCACAUGUACAGAGUGCGGAGAAAGUUUUACACGAAUAACUAGUCUGAAAAGUCAUGAAAAGAUUCACACAGGAGAAAAGCCGUUCACAUGUAUAGAGUGUGGAAAAAGUUUUACACGAAUAACUAGUCUGAAAAGUCAUGAAAAGAUUCACACAGGAGAAAAGCCGUUCACAUGUACAGAGUGUGGAAAUGGUUUUACACUAAAGAGUGAUCUGAAAAAGCAUGAAAGGAUUCACACAGGAGAAAAGCCGUUCACAUGUACAGAGUGUGGGAAAAGUUUUACACUAAAGAGUGAUCUGAAAAAGCAUGAAAGGAUUCACACAGGAGAAAAGCCGUUCACAUGUACAGAGUGUGGAAAAAGUUUUACAGAAAAGAGUUCUCUAAAAAAGCAUGAAAGGAUUCACACAGGAGAAAAGCCGUUCACAUGUACAGAGUGUGGAAAUGGUUUUACACUAAAGAGUGGUCUGAAAAAGCAUGAAAGGAUUCACACAGGAGAAAAGCCGUUCACAUGUACAGAGUGUGGAAAAAGUUUUACACGAAUAGAUAAUCUGAAAAGUCAUGAAAUGAGUCACACAGGAGAAAAGCAGUUCACAUGUACAGAGUGUGGAAAAAGUUUUACAGAAAAGAGUUCUCUAAAAAAGCAUGAAAGGAUUCACACAGGAGAAAAGCCGUUCACAUGUACAGAGUGUGGAAAUGGUUUUACACUAAAGAGUGAUCUGAAAAAGCAUGAAAGGAUUCACACAGGAGAAAAGCCAUUCACAUGUACAGAAUGUGGAAAAAGUUUUACACGAAUAGAUAAUCUGAAAAAGCAUGAAAGGAUUCACAAGGGGGAAAAGCUUUUCACAUGUACAGAGUGUGGAAAAUGUUUUACAGAGAAGAGUAGUCUGAAAAAGCAUGAAAGGAUUCACACAGGAGAAAAGCUUUUCACAUGUACAGAGUGUGGAAAAAGUUUUACAAAGAAGAGUUAUCUGAUAAAGCAUGAAAGGAUUCACACAGGGGAAAAGCCUUUCACAUGUACAGAGUGUGGAAAAAGAUUUACACAAAUAGUUGGUCUGAAAACUCAUGAAAGGAUUCACACAGGAGAAAAGCCUUUCACAUGUACAGAGUGUGGGAAAUGUUUUACACAAAUAAAUAGUCUGAACUACCAUGAAAGGAGUCACACAGGGGAAAAGCCUUUCAUAUGUACAGAGUGUGGAAAAAGUUAUAUACUAAAGAGUCAUCUGAAAAUUCAUGAAAGGAGCCACACAGGAGAAAAGCCUUUCACAUGUACAGAGUGUGGAAAAAGUUAUAUACUAAAGAGUCAUCUGAAAAGUCAUGAAAGGAUUCACACAGGAGAAAAGCCUUUCACAUGUACAGUGUGUGGAAAAAGUUUUACCGAAAAAAGUAAUCUGAAAACUCAUGAAAAGAUUCAUACAGGAGAAAAGUCUUUCACAUGUACAGAGUGUGGAAAAAGUUUUACACAAAAGAGUAAAUUGAAAAUUCAUGAAAGGAUUCACACGGGAGAAAAGCCUUUCACAUGUACAGAGUGUGGAAAAUGUUUUACACGAAAGAUUGAACUGAAAUAUCAUGAGAGGAUUCACACAGGAGAAAAGCCUUUCACAUGUACAGAGUGUGGGAAAUGUUUUACACGAAUAAAUAGACUGAAAACUCAUGAAAGGAGUCACACAGGAGAAAAGUCUUUCACAUGUACAGUGUGUGGAAAAAGUUUUACCGAAAAAAGUAAUCUGAAAACUCAUGAAAAGAUUCAUACAGGAGAAAAGUCUUUCACAUGUACAGAGUGUGGAAAAAGUUUUACACAAAAGAGUAAAUUGAAAAUUCAUGAAAGGAUUCACACGGGAGAAAAGCCUUUCACAUGUACAGAGUGUGGAAAAUGUUUUACACGAAAGAUUGAACUGAAAUAUCAUGAGAGGAUUCACACAGGAGAAAAGCCUUUCACAUGUACAGAGUGUGGAAAAAGUUAUAUACUAAAGAGUCAACUGAAAAGUCAUGAAAUGAUUCACACAGGAGAAAAACCUUUCACAUGUACAGAGUGUGGAAAAAGUUUUACACAUAAGAGUAAUCUGAAAACUCAUAAAAUGAGUCACACAGGAGAAAAGCCUUUCACAUGUACAGAGUGUGGAAAAAGUUUUACACAAAUUAAUGAUCUGAAAACUCAUGAAAGGAUUCACACAGGAGAAAAGCCGUUCACAUGUAUAGAGUGUGGAAAAACUUUUACACACAAGAGGUAUCUGAAAAGUCAUGAAAGGAGUCACACAGGAGAAAAACCUUUCACAUGUACAGAGUGUGGAAAAAGUUUUACAGAAAAGAGUAAUCUGAAAACGCAUGAAAGGAUUCACACAGGAGAAAAGCCGUUCACAUGUACAGAGUGUGGAAAAAGUUUUACAGAAAAGAGUAAUCUGAAAAAGCAUGAAAGGUUUCACACAGGAGAAAAGCCGUUCACAUGUACAGAGUGUGGAAAAAGUUUUUCACGAAUAGAUAGUCUGAAAAGUCAUGAAAGGAUUCACAACGGAAGAAACCUUUCACAUGUUUAGAAAGUAGGGUUGCCACCUUUUGCCCAGCCGAUUCCCUGACACUUUGCAAAUGGCCGUGGUUGAGGGUGUGGCUAGGGGUGUGGCCUUAAAAUAUAUUUUACUAUUUUUUGGUCUGCCAGUAAAGGAUUGAGUGUUAUAAUGUUUAAUUUAAUACACACACACAACAACGAUAGCUAGAUAUAGUCAGUUAUAUACAGUUUGGUAGACAGACUGACAGAAAGGUAUAUACAUAAACAGAUAAACGGAUUAAGACAUAUAUAUAUAUAUAUAUAUAUAUAUAUAUAUAUACACAUUAGUAGAUACAGACAUAUAAACAGAUGGAUAGAAAACAGAUAGGCAUAAAGAGACAGAUAUAUAAAUAGAUACAGACUAGUAGAUAGUUACUAACAUAUAAACAGACCAGUGGCAUCACUAGGGGAGUACAGACCGCACCCGGUUGACACCCUCCAAAAGGUGACACCACCACAUUAAUUUAACAUUCAUUAAUCAUGACACCGUUUUUUUUUUCCGUUUCCUAAUGAUGUGCUGGUGGUAGUGCCUUGUAAGAAAGAAGGGCCAAGGAGUCCUCCAUGUUAAGGCAGAUGCAGGGGGUGUUUAGCACAGAGGCAGGGGCCAGGGCUUCCCUAACUAAGCAUCAUGCUCGAAAUUAAGUGACGUCAUUAUUGAUGUUCGGUGCUGCGCCACGCACUGGCUUUAACAGUCCUCCAGACUGUAACGCUCAGCCACCCAAAGUGCCUCCCCCAUUUGAGGAAUACUGUUACAGCAGAACAGUGGGUGCUAGAGUGGUCCUGAGCAUCUCACUGGAUUAUCUCUAAUUGCCAGCUACUGACUGAAGCCCGUUUGUGAUGCACAUGGAUGGUUUAUUUGUGGUUGUGCUUGAGUGAUAUGGAAAUGAAGGGAUCUGGUGACAGAAGUGAGCAACAGCAUAGUGCUGGCCGAGGGAGGAGCAGCUUCGAGUCAGCUCCGGUGUGACAGACAGGGAGCACCAUACACAACCAGGCGCAGUUCAGCUGAGCUGACAAGAGGAUUAUAAGAAUGCCAGACUGCAUUGCAAUUGGAUGCCUUAGUUCUGCAGUUUCUCUUCAUGUUUUCCCAAAGACACAUGAAAGAAUCCGUCUUUGGCUUAAACAAACC